AUGGAGAAGGGAAUCGCAGAGGAGACUAAAAACGAGGUUUUGCAGGCGAUUGAAGGACAGGACGAUAAUGGUGGUUUUGAGAAUCGAAGCGUGGUAACUGAGUUAGUGGCUCAUCAGGCCCAGCAUCCUUAUGCCUUCCAUGUGUCCGGGCCUCGCAAUGUUCCUUCCAUAAACUGGAGAGAUCUCAUCAGCUCAACCUGGAAGGACCCAAACUAUAAAAGGACCGUGAUUGCCUGCUUCAUACAAGCCGUCUACCUCCUCGAGCUCGACCGGCAGGAAAACCGGACGGACGACGAGCACGCCCUUGCCCCCAAGUGGUGGGCCCCCUUCAAGUACAGGCUCGUCGAGAUCCUAACCGACGAGCGAGAUGGCUCUGUGUUCGGCGCCAUACUCGAGUGGGACCGUGCAGCAGCCCUUGCCGACUUCGUGCUUCUGAGACCGAGCGGGGCCCCACGGGCCGUCCUGGCCCUCCGAGGCACGCUCCUGAAGGGCCCCACUAUCAGACGGGACAUAGAGGACGACCUCCGGUUCCUGACCUUGGAGAGCCUCAAGGGUUCCGUGAGAUUUGAAUGCGCCCUAAGAGCCAUCAAACAAAUCUCCGAGAAGUUCGGGAGCAGCAAUGUGUGCGUGGCCGGGCACUCGCUGGGUGCCGGUUUCGCGCUUCAGGUCGGGAAGGCCCUGGCGAAGGAGGGUGUGUGCGUGGAGACCCACCUUUUCAACCCCCCGUCGAUUUCUUUAGCUUCGGGGCUGAGGGCCGUGGGGGAGAAGGCUGGGAACGCGUGGAGGAAGGUUCGGUCGAUGAUCCCGAAAAGCAAUGAUGAGAGGGAAAACGAGGAGGUUGUUCAGAUGUGUGGUGAUGGUGGUGCGGAUCGAGCGAAGUGGGUCCCGCACUUGUACGUGAACAAUAGUGAUUAUAUCUGCUGCUAUUAUAGUGACCCGGUGGAGAUGGGGAAGGAGGAGGAGGAGGAGGAGGAGAAGGAGAAUGUGAAGCCGGUGGUGGGUGGGCCGGGUGGUGGUGGUGCUGAGGCUAAGAUGUUUGUGCUGUCGAGGGGGAAACAGAAGUUUCUGGAAGCGCACGGGUUGGAGCAGUGGUGGUCGGACGAUUUGGAAAUGCGGAUGGCGCUGAAUAGUAAUAGCAAGCUGAUCAGCAGGCAGCUCAAGUCAUUGCAUAGUGUCCCUUCUCCUCCUCCACAGUAG